AUGCUUGGAUCUUGCAUUAUUGAGCUUGUCCCUAUCACCUUGAUAGCAUUAUUGAGCUUGUCCCUAUUACCUUAUAGCAUUAUUGAGCUUGUCCCUAUCACCUUGAUAGCAUUAUUGAGCUUGUUUUCUCUGUCUUUUCGAUAUUCGGUUGAAUCACUCUGGAAAAGAAAGCAAAGUAUGGGAGGGCUAUUGGAUUUGCUAAACGCAGACGAAUAUAUCAAUAGUCGUCAACGACACCUAAAUCCUCAGUUACAACCAACUUAUACUCCUCCUAGUCUGUCAUUAAAUAGUAGUUCUCCCAAUUCUGAUUGCUUGCAUCCAACCACAGGAAACAUCGAAGACUCAAAUUAUACAAGCAAUUACUCUUCAAAUGACCUGUCUUCUGAUAACCAAACCUCAUACUCCCAAGCAAACUCACCAAUAGGCUUUCCGUCCCCCACUGUGGUAUCGGCAUCGGCACUUUCUGCACCACUGGCUCCAGCCUUUUCAAGCUCUUCUUAUACCAGUGGAAAGCCACCUAUUGCUGAAAAAACAGAAAUCACCACGGCUAAUGUACAGAGUCGGACCAUCGUUGCAACUGCAAACACCUCUGGGGCAUCGUCAUCAUCAUCAUCAUCAUCAUCUCGCCAACCAAUAUCGCAUUUGAGAGACCAAAUACCCAAACCGAAAAUCAACAAGAACAUUUUGAAAUCUAAGAAUUUCGUCAAGUUGGCAAUCAGAAGGAAGUACUCAAUCAAAAGGAAAUACAACGAUACAAAACAAUCAAAAUUGCAUAUAAAAUCAUUGAAAGCCGGCAUUAAGAUUAAGAUGACAUUGUCGAACAAUUUGUUCUCCUUGUACCAUUGUCUCAUUCCAUUCACUGAUGACCGCAAGGUUUAUUCCUUGUUUGAUGAUGAAUCGAGUCUAUCACAGUUGCAAAAUUUGAUCGAGAAUUGCUCAGGCGCGGAAGCUGCAAAUGAUAACAGCAACAGAAACUUGGUCUCCAAAGGAUUGCAACUUAUCGAUAACAAUGUUGUUGAUUUGAGUGAAUACCUGAACAAAAUCAUCAAGUCUUUCACAAAGGAAACGAAUGAAGCAACACCGACAUUUAAUUCACUCGAUACUGCAGUGAGUACACUUUUCCACACAAGGGAUUUUACACUUGUGAGGAUAACAAGGUCAACUACCGACGAUGUUCAUGGAAGCUCGAUUUUGAAAUUAGAAACAGCUUCGCCUGGUGAUUUCAAUUUAAUUGAUGAUGAAGAAAACUCUGAUGAAAUGUUACAUUCUUUAGGUAAACCUCACGAAGUUCCAAAUAACUUGUUUUUCAAAAAGAUCAUAGCUAGACCAAGAUAUAAAAGUAAUAUGAAGAUAUAUUUUCUACCUCAAACUGUGAAAUAUUCUUUGUAUACUGAUCAUAGAUCAUUUGAAAGAGAUUUAUACAAUGGUGUCAUACAAUUGGAAUUUGAUAACGAAAAGCUUGACGACUUGAAAUUGAAAAGAUCAUUGAAUUAUGAUCGAAACGUAUAUUGUACUUUUUGUGUUGAUGAGGUUUUGAAAAGUUUCAAAAAAUCAAUGCUUGAAAGCGCUGAGCAGGUGGUAUCGACCGAUAACAAUGCUGAUGUCGAUAACAACCCAAUAGCAAAGCAACUGACGCUGUCGCUGUCGCACAAAAAGAGGAUUGAUAAUGAUAGAGUUGAGACUGAUCAAGGACCCAGUUCCAUCUCGCGUGAUCAGAUAUCUUAUGAGCAGCGGCAACUGAAACUCAGUAACCCGUUGCAGUCUAGAUCACGCUCUUUUGAUGAUAGAUUGGCGUUGCCAAAUGCCCAGAUGGACCUUAUUCCCAUACCUCGACCAUCGGUAAUUUUUAACCAAAUUUCACAACCACCACAAGCUCCAUUGUACCAGCCGCCAGCACCACCACCAGCACCACCUUCGACUCAUUAUGUAUCUCCUCAAGUUCCAGCGUCUAUUGCUACAUCACCGCAUUUCGUCCAUCUACCUCCCUUGGCACUGUUGCCACAAACUCCUCGUUCAUCGACAGAGAGAGAAGUUGUUUUUGGGCUUGCAAGUGGAAUACAUCGCCCUACUCAACUCCCACCUAUUUUAAGGAAUAGUCUGCAAUUCGAACAACAACAACAACAGCAGCAGCAGCAGCAGCAACAACAACAGCAGCAGCAGCAACAGCAGCAACAGCCGCAGCACUUUCAGCUUCAGCAUGGCAUCAACCAUCAAUUACAUCCUGGAAACCGACAGUUUCCUUCUUAUCAGCAGUACUUUCAGCACCACAUCCAACACAUCCAACAUCUCCAACACCAACACCAUAAUGAUUAUAAUCAUAGUUCUUACUUUGCCUAA